CCCACCCUUGGGCCCUAUAAAGCCGCAGCAUCGAGAAUCCACAGUGCUCCCAGUUCGUAGAUACCCAUCGAGCUCGGUGAACGGAUUUCAUUUUGGCGUCGGGAUCUCGGGGGAAAGAAGUCGAGGUUUAACUUUGAGGGUUCUGACUUCUGAGACAGAAAACAUGGCUCAAGAGAAUCCAACUGAGAUGAAAGAGGAGGUGCCUGAGCUGGCACCCUUUGAUCCAACUAAGAAGAAGAAAAAGAAAAAGGUUGUAAUUCAAGAUCCUGCAGAGGAGGUAGAAAAACUAGCUGAGAAAACUGAAAGUUUAACAGUUGGUGAUAUAGGUGAACCUAGUUUUGUUGGCAUGAAGAAGAAGAAGAAGAAACCGGUGGAAACUAACUUUUUAAAUGACAACAAUGGAGAUUCUGGAGAAGAUCUCAAUGGUGACCAGAUUGGAGAGGAUGACGAAGGAGAGGGCAUUGUGUUAGGAGUUGUUCGAUACCCAUGGGCAGGAACAGAUCGUGAUUAUAAGUAUGAAGAGCUGCUGGGUAGGGUUUUCAAUAUAUUACGUGAGAAUAAUCCAGAUCUUGCUGGAGAUAGGCGCAGGCCUGUGAUGAGGACUCCGAAAGUUCUCAGAGAAGGAACUAAGAAGACUGUUUUUGUGAAUUUUAUGGAUCUCUGCAAAAUGAUGCAUAGGCAACCAGAGCAUGUGAUGAAUUUCUUGCUUGCUGAAAUGGGAACAAGUGGAUCCCUUGAUGGACAGCAGAGAUUGGUGGUUAAAGGAAGAUUUGCUCCAAAGAAUUUUGAGGGUAUCAUAAGAAGAUAUAGCAAUGAAUAUGUUAUAUGUAAUGGUUGCAAAAGUCCAGACACAAUCCUUUCCAAGGAAAAUCGGUUGUUCUUUCUUCGAUGUGAAAAGUGUGGUUCUUCACGUUCGGUCGCUCCUAUCAAAGCUGGUUUCGUCGCACGCGUUGGCCGCCGUAAAGCUGGCUCAUAAUCUGGAUAUUCUCCUCUUCGUAACUGCUACUCUUCAACCAUGUACAGGAAGAAUGUGUUUUGUUGUUCAUUAGCUUGCAGUUUUACCCGUCUCAUUUGUUUUCUGCACUUAAUUGGCUUCAAUGUUUUAUUUGCCUGUGCCGGCUAUAUUACUGAUGCUUAUGGUGGAAAGUAAAAUCAUGUUCAGGUCGUAGACAAUUCAUUAUCAUGAGAGUCUGUUGUUUAGGAAUGAUGUUUCCCCCAAAUAAUCAAAUAUAUGUUUGACC